AGGACAUUUUGAGAUUUCUACUAAAAGUGUGCUGCUCUGUUUCACUUUUCCGACUAAGAUCAUUUUAGCAACGUAGCUCCUGAAGUCGUGAUUUGUUUAAAACGCAGACCCGGGUAAGAUCUCCACUGAUGCUGCCAGGAUGGAGAAAUCUCUCUUGGACUUUUUCCUUUCUGAAAAGCAGAAGACUUUUAAUCUGUAAACGUUCAAACUUUAACACUACAGCUCUUUUUCCCUCAGCUUCAUCCGCCACUCAGACCAGACUGACCUCAGGUCUUCUUCUGCGUUCCUCGGUUCAUUCUCCUUCCGCCCGCCGCCUCUCGGUCUCUGCCAGCCCAAUGGAGCUUAAGGAGGUUCUGCAGGUUCUGGAGCAGCUUGCUCCUCUGUCUCUGGCUGAAUCGUGGGAUAACGUCGGCCUGCUGGUGGAGCCCAGCAAACCUCGGCCAAUCAAAACCGUCCUGCUGACCAACGACCUGACGGACGGCGUCAUGGACGAGGCGGAGGCCCUAACCUGUGACCUCAUCGUCUCGUAUCACCCGCCGUUGUUUCGGCCAAUCAAGCGGCUGGUUCAGAAAGACUGGAAGCAGCGGUUGGCCAUCCGGGCCGUUGAGGCCGGGAUGGCGGUCUUCUCUCCGCAUACAUCCUGGGACAGCAUGAAGGGAGGGGUGAACGACUGGCUGGUUGGCGGUCUGGGCAGCGGUCAGGUGUCUGUGCUCAGUCAGGCCCUCGGCGGCGACUCCCACAGUCACAAACUGGAAUUCAUGGUGAGGAGUCCAGAGGAGCUGAACGCUGUUGUGGAGGAGCUGAAGGCUAGUGAUGAUGGAACAGCACUGCAGUGUUCAGGCACCAGACCAGACAGCAGCGGCAUCCAUGUCAGCUUAACCUGCAGUGCCUCAGCACUGACCCCUAGUGUCCAGAUACUGUUAAAGCACAGUGCUCCCUGCCAGUCCCUCAGCAUCCUCAAGUUGGAGAAGGCUCCGCUGCCGGGCCACGGCCAAGGACGGCUCAGCGUUUUGGACCAGCCUGUCACAGUGGCAACAGCUAUCCAGAAGAUGAAGUCCCAUUUGGGAUUAGCUAAUCUCCGUUUGGCUCUGGGAGCAGGCAGGACACAAGAGUCCUCGGUCUGCACUGCGGCGGUUUGCGCCGGCUCCGGAGCCUCAGUGCUGAGCGGCGUCCAGGCCGACCUCUUCAUCACAGGUGAGAUGUCCCACCAUGAGGUGUUGGAUGCAGUGGCGAAGGGAACCAGCGUCAUCCUGAGCGACCACAGCAACAGCGAGCGCGGCUUCCUGGCCGUGUUCAGGGAGCGGCUCGCCGUGCGGCUGCCCGACGCCGUGACGGUGGUCCUGUCCAAGGCUGACAGAGACCCGCUGGAGGUCGUCUGAAGGACUCUGAGUUAUAAAUGAAUCAUAAAACACACAAAAGUUGUCAACUGAA